AACAAACAACUCAUCUGAUCUACUAUCAAAGUCACACUUGAAACCUUCAAUCCAUAUCCACUUCAACAGCAACCCUUCACAUAAUCGCAAUCAAGAUGCAAUUCUCCAUCAUCUCCAUCGUCGCUGCGCUCGCCGCCACCACCACUGCCACAUACGUUCCCAUGAACGGAACUGCCACAUCUUCCGCAUACUACCCUACCGGCACCGGCGCUGCUCAACCUACUGGAGCCAGGCCAACCUCAACUCUCCCCUUCACUGGUGGAGCCUCAAACCUCGGCGGCUCAGCCCUCGGACUUAUCGUUGCUGGUGGUGUUGCUCUCAUGCUAUAGAUGUUGACAGCACGCUUGCUCGACUUUACACCUUCUUUCAACCACCCUUAAUCGAUUUGGGUUCAACAUUGGCGCAUAUGGUUACGGCGUUACUACGGCACCAAGGAUCUCGGGAUGAGAUUGUUAGCAUUUUCGGCGCAACAUACAAUCGGCAUAGACGGAUGCGUUCAGAUGUAUAGACUAAACUCGUGUAUAGCAAUGGUCGAGGCCUGGAAAUGGUCGACGGCUAACAGUCUAUGAAGAGACGAGGCAGAUACACUUACGGGAUAGCCAUCAGUACUCCCUGCAGAUGAUAACAUAAAUAAAUAAUGAAGAAGUCUACAUUUA